UCUUUGCUGCAUUUUUUGAAAUUCGGCUUUAAUGUAUAAUUUUUCCUGUCUAUUUUGUGUUAUUGUAACAUAUUUUAUCAAUAAAUUACACUUUAACACAAAUAAAAAUCGUUCAAUCUCGGUUUAAUUUUUGUCUGAUAGAUUUUAUACAUAUUUAGAAAACAUACGUUCUUGGCGUCAAUUACUGAAGUCAUUUAAAUCUUAGAGUUCCACUUAGUUUACGUCUCGUUUCAUUCACUGCAUUAUAUUGGGAAUCAAAAACCAUCAUAAUACCCAUUUAAUCUGUUGUUUUUAUUUGUAUGGCAGUAAUGAGCGUCUGCUUAUUCGGAAAUAAAGUUUUAUGAAUAGAUGAAUGCAUUUAAAUUCAUGACAGGUAUCGUUUACUGAAUGUUAAUAGCUUUCUAUGGUAGCAAGGCAUCCCAUACCGGUUUCGAAAUAUCCGGUGUGUCCUCUAACUGUACCUGUUAACCACGUAUUUGUUUAGUAUUUCCGUCUCCUUCGUUUUAAUUUAUGUAAAUCUAUAUUAGUGUAUGCAUUUAUUAUCACAAACUGAAGGCAAUAUCAUAUGACCAUGCGUCAAAAAUUACGCAAACAAACGAAAUAAAACAUUAUAUUUAGUUUUAUGUCAGGACGGGGAACCGUUUAAAUCAGACUCCUCCUGCACGCCAUCUUCCGAGCGGAAGGACCUUAUUAAUAUCGAUAUACACACACAGACAGUAAUAGACUAUGCGCGUAAAAAGGGGAAAAAACAAGUUGUCGGAUAUAUCUAUUUCUACCAUGGAAAGAGACGCGCCAUAUGAGGUCUUCAACGUUGGAGGAGUAAGGUUUAAAACAUCAAAGUAAGGAUCUUUCUUAUUCCUAAUUUGUGACAAUAGUUACAAAGGAUCCUUAGCGAAAUCUGAACCUAGAUUAUUAGAUAAUGAUAUUUAUGUUUGUAUUUUCAACGUUAAUGUCAGUAUUACAUGUCCACAUUAGAAUACACAGUUAAAGCACCUGUUCAUUUCUUCCGGACUCGAACACAUUCGAUAUGCAACAUUUUGGCAAUUCAGACUGUCAUCCCUUAUAAGUGUGACGAACUCUUCGAGUUUGUUUAAAACUUUUAUCCUACAUUGCCUUGGCAGCUAAGUCAGUUGGUUGAAUGCUGAGCUGUGAGUCUAGUGUUCUCGACUUUCAUCCUCAGCCUGGACACAUAACGCGGUGGGCGUGGUCUAAAAUAACUAUAAUCCUAUAUACGAGUCAAGUAGGGUAAUUUCAGGAAGUGAAAUAAACAACAUACUGCUUUUCCGCUUAUUUCGGCCCUGCUUACUAAUAACAAAUGUGAGUUUAAGUUAAGUAGCUGCCGUUUUUAAUUAAAAAUUAAGACAUUCAUACGAACAAACGAACGAACUCACGUAUGACCGAAUGAACGAAUGAUAAAAAAUCAAAGAAAUCAGUCUUUUUCAGAGAGACAAUCUUGAAGGGUGAAGUAGGGAUUUUGUGUAACGAAGAGUUCCUAUCUAACCAUAGAGACUUCAAGAACAAUGAAUAUUUUUUUGACCGGGAUCCCGACAUGUUCCAUGCCAUUUUAAACUACAUGCGGACGGGCGAACUUCACCUGCCGUCCUACAUCUGCGGACCGGCCGCCAAACUCGAGCUGGACUUUUGGGGCGUUCCGGAGCAGAUUAUUCAGCCCUGCUGCUGGAUAAACUAUAACGAAGGAAAUUCUACAAAGGAUGCAUUAAAACGACUGGACAGUAAACACGAGGUGGCAGUUGGCCUUUUGAAGGCAAAUCAAACUGCUAAUUAUAAUGUUGAAAACGAAGUCAGAUGUCUGCCAUCUGCAUCAGAGAACUGGCGGGAGAAAGGAUGGCGCUUUUUGAACCGGACUAACUCUUCCAAGGCAGCGCGGUUGUUUGGAUACACAGCAACGUUAAUGGCGGUAUUGUCCAUAUUUUCAUUCAUGGCGGAUACAACGAAAGAGUUUGACUACUUUGAGAAGUCAACACAUCCGAGUGAAGUUACGAACAACCAAUCAAACGCAAACGUCUAUGUCAAUGAGUCUAACAUAACGACAUUGGCUACUCAAACUGCAGCUUCGGAACCACAUAUGAUUCGAAUGAAACACCCGGUGUUGAUAAUUAUUGACAUGAUCUGCGUGGUUUACUUUAUUCUCGAGUAUCUAGCCAGACUAGCUUUUUCACCGGAUAAACUUCAGUACGCAAGAUCCCCACUGGCUGUGAUUGAUCUACUUGCAAUCGUUACUGACAUUAUAGAUACCGUAUUGCGCCAUUUACAGCCAGAGCUUCAGGAGAGCGUUUAUGCUUUGCGUUUUAUCGGAAUUUUGCGCCUCUUUCGCAUACUGACGAUCUUCCGAGUAGUUCGUCACUCGGAGGGACUCUGGAUUUUGAUCUACAUCUUCAAAGCUAGCUUCAAACAGCUGACGUUUCUUGUUUGGUUUAUGAUCAUUGGCAUCUUGAUCUUCUCCAGUCUUGUUUACUUUGUUGACGACCGUGACAAAUUCACGAGCAUUCCGGGCGGCUUUUGGUGGGCGGUGAUCACCAUGACGACCGUUGGCUACGGCGACUAUUACCCGGUGACUGUUCUUGGGAAGAUAGUGGGUUCGCUUUGCGCAAUGGCUGGCGUGUUGAUGAUCGGUUUGUCCGUGCCAAGUCUUGCAAACCACUUUCAGGCGUACUAUCGGCACACACAGUUGGUCAUGCAUAUGGAUAAGCUGAAGCUGGUUUCUCAGACGGCUCACAUGAAGGUUCCAUGUAUGAAAACAUCGAUCAGCCUUAUCAAAAUGAAAAAAGAGGCGGCUAGAUAUAGGAAAAAGAUUAUUCAGCCUUACCCAAAUAGAAGACGAGUGAGCUCAAUGUAGGGGAAAUAUUUUAUUGUAAAUAUUGCCCAAAUGGAACAACAUAUUGGAUUGCACAUAUACAAAGGUCAACAAAGGUCCAAACCUUGCUGACAAAUGUACGCCGAAAAAUGUUUACGUGUUGAAUCUAAAAAUCUGCAUAUCAGAUUUGUUAUGUUAUAAUAGUGUACAUGUAUUUUGUACAUGACAUGAAUGAGUUCAUUUCGACUAUGCAGCAUAAAAGCAUCUGCGAUUGUAAAAAAGUAA